UGCAGACGCCGUUCUACCGUGAGUUUUUGUUUAUUUGUCAACAUGUUCUAAAGAUGUCGCUUUAGUUUCUCAUGUCACGUAGUCGGAGGCUGUUGGAGAUUUCCACAUCUUGCAUUGUAUCUCACCCAUCCAUCAGCAGCUUAGAUCUUAGCAGACGAAACCUCACAAUUACACAUCUAUCUGUAAGAAGAGGUUAUUGCUAGGAUGAGCUGCGUCCGAUGUUGUCUGGUUAGUGCUGGUCGCUUAGCCUCCUCCAACCAUGUUACCAAUCAUGUACACAAAAUUGUAAGAGUGGUUGCCUCGCGGCCACUAGUCACUUCUUCUGGUACUCUUGGGAAAUCAACGAGUGAUAAUCCUCCUCCAAACAAGGAUGUCGGGGCUAGCCCGCCACCGACUGGAACAACAGGUGGUACUGGCGGAGGGAACAAAAAUACCCUUACUUGUCCAAAGUGCGGAGAUCCAUGCACGCACGUCGAAACGUUCGUCUCAUCGACAAGGUUCGUAAAGUGUGAAAAGUGUCAUCAUUUCUUUGUGGUGUUAUCUGAAAUUGACUCCAAGAGAAGUUUGAAAGAAGCGCUGAGGCCUGAAGAACCGAAACAAGGGUUUUACAGAAAACCGCCUCCGCCACCAAAAAAAAUUUUCGAGUACUUGAACAAGCAUGUAGUUGGCCAGGAGUACGCCAAGAAAGUUUUGAGCGUAGCUGUGUACAACCACUAUAAACGAAUACACAACAAUUUGCCCAUGCAAACGGCUACGCAGGUCAGCACAAACCCGGCAACAACGCAGGAAUCCAAUCAUCCCUUCACACAUAGAGGUCUCAAACCACACCUUCUUCACAUAUCGAGUAUUGGAAAUUCACUCGGGGUUGGAUUUCAGCACGUUCCUCCUGGUGCUGAACAGCAGCAAAAGUCAUCUGGCAACCAGUCAACUAUUGGGUCGGAUAUUUUAGACAGCAACCAACAUCAAUUAAAAUUGGAAAAAAGUAAUAUACUCCUGCUAGGGCCAACUGGUUCGGGGAAGACUUUGUUAGCGCAAACGAUUGCUCAGUGUCUUGACGUUCCAUUCGCUAUCUGCGACUGCACCACUUUAACACAAGCUGGUUAUGUCGGCGAAGACAUCGAGAGCGUAAUAGCGAAGCUCCUUCAAGACGCAAACUAUGUUGUCGAUAGAGCACAGAUGGGAAUCGUAUUCCUAGACGAAGUGGAUAAGAUCGGAGCCGUACCAGGUAUUCACCAGCUCAGAGAUGUCGGUGGAGAAGGAGUACAGCAGGGAAUGCUCAAGAUGCUCGAAGGCACUAUCGUGAAUGUUCCUGAAAAAAACAGCUCUCGAAAGUUGAGAGGUGACACUCUCCAAGUUGACACCACGAAUAUCUUAUUCGUCGCAUCGGGUGCGUACAAUGGAUUAGACAGGCUCAUAUCACGCCGUAAAAAUGAAAAAUAUCUUGGCUUUGGUGCCACUCCAUCGUCCGAAAGCCCAGGACGCAGAGCCGCCAGUCUGGCCGAUGUUGCAAAUAUGUCUCCCUCGGCUGACGACGACAAUAAAGAAAAGGAUUGGCUCCUUAGACAAGUCGAGGCCAGGGACCUCAUAGAUUUCGGUAUGAUACCUGAAUUCGUUGGGAGAUUUCCCGUUCUUGUACCUUUCCAUACCCUCAACAGAGAAAUGCUUGUUCGAAUCCUCACCGAACCUAAAAACGCCAUGGUUCCACAGUACCGUAUGCUCUUCUCCAUGGAUAAGGUUGAACUAACCUUUGCACCAGAUGCAUUGGCAGCCAUCGCAGCCCUUGCAAUGGAAAGGAAAACGGGAGCGAGAGGCCUGAGGGCAAUCAUGGAAUCGUUGUUACUCGAACCGAUGUUCGAGGUGCCAGGCAGCGAUAUAAUGUCUGUACACGUUACAGAGGCUUGUGUUCGUGGUGAUGAGAAGCCGCAGUAUAUACGUCGUGCAGAAACAAAUGAAGAUGAACUGCCGCAGGCGCAACACGUGCAGAAUUAACGAAACAGUAAUUUAUUGUUUUUUAUCGUCAAAGUUAUCCAAAUUGAGAUCGCGGCUCUACUCGGCGGCCCGAAAUAAAAAAGUAAAAUAUUCCUGUCUAUCAAAAAAGUAAAACAAUCUUCAUCUGGUAAGACGUAUCUGGAUACCGUCUUCACGACAAAUUCAAGUCUUGGGUGAGUAAACUAUGCAAGAAUGCUUAGAUCUUUAUACCUACUUUUAAUAAAUCGCUGUUCUUGUCAAACUUGAUUUUUUGUUUUUAAUAUGAUUUUGACUCUUGACCAUUGAUAAGGAAAGCAAUCUAGUAUCGGUACAAAUCUUCCCCGCUGUCGUGGAGGCAAAAAAUGCCGAAUUGCGAUCUCUGCGCGAAUUUAUUGUUCUAUCACAAAAUUAAAUGUUCAGAUCAUAGAUCAAAUCGCAGCCCGACAGGAGCAAAAUCCUGCCUCUAGCUGCACGAUGAAAGUAACAUAAUGAAUGAAUCAAUACUUCAAUUCUAGAGAUCUUGUAUCAUAUGUGUUGAGUAAUUGAUAUUCUUUGGAAUAUAUUUCUAGAGUCUUAAAACAGAGUACAUUUAAUUAAAGUUAAGAUAGAAAGGAUUUUGUCUGGACAGUAAUGUUGAGUAUGUGCGUUUGGUAUUGAUGUUCUUUUUAGGCCACAUAUGGUCGAAAGGAAGUAAAUUAUUUUUAUUCGACAAUAGAUCCGAUAAAGAUUCCUUGUAAUAUAUUGUACAUAGUGAUAGCUUAUUGUUAGUUGAACAAAAGGAGUAGUAAAUGGACGCGUACUAACGUGGAUGGCAUCGAAACGUAACUAUUGAAAUUUGCUCCAAUGGGUCAAACGACGUUCUCUUGAUAAAUAGUUCUGACCACGCGUAUGUGAAUACGUGUGAUUAAAUUUUCUUAGCACACACCGUUGAGAGGUGGUAGCUAUAACGCGUAACCCUUCGUGAGAGCCAUAAGUUCCUGAGAAUGCAAACCUCCGAUAACUGCCAUCAAACCAUUUUAUUGUUCAUGAUAUAAACAAAAAAAAGUACAGACGUAAUUUUCAUGUAUACUUCGUAGCUGAGACGUAGGUGCUACAAUUCUUAUCUUUCAUCAGUUUAUCAAUAAACUAUAUUAAAUAUUCCCUCGUAAAUGACUCAUGUGUUGAAGGAUAGAAAAAAAAUUACGCGAAAUAUUAUAUCGAAGUAAUUCUCCCAAUUUAUCAUGGCCAGGACCCUAUGGCGCUCAGAAUAAUAUAUAUUGAAUUGAUCGCUGAAUAUAUUAUAGCUAAUUUACAUUGUACAAGGGUAUAUUUAUAAUAAAUGAACAACUUAAAUAA